CGUGCAAAAUGUAGUCACACCAGGUCACCAUGCUUUCUAAUAUUCGGGUAGUGGAAUCAUUAAUUUACCUGCAUUUGAUUCUACAUCCGGCCGUCUGCAUCAUGUGCUCUGUUGAAAAUAAUGCUUUCCAGGAUAACGGGAAGAAUAAAACUAUAAUAAUCAAAUACUCAAUCAUUGUUUUCUUGACAAUCCUGAUUUUGGGAAAUACUUGUACAUUACUAAUUUGGCGGAGAUCGGAGCGAUUCGUUUUACUUUAUCAAGUAUUCUUCUUCACGAUUCCUUCAAUUUUUUGGGCUUUACUGCACUACAAAGUUUGGUGGGAGCAAAUCAUCCCAAAAAAAUUGGGGUUAACUCCCGGGCUAAAUUUUUGUUUUGGAAUUACAUCUUUUAAUUUGGGCGUCCUCCUGAAAAUUUAUUACGACUUGAUCCGUACAAGGGUCGGGUAUCCGCCAACAUCAAGAACUAUAGGGGUUCAUGUCAUGAAGCUGAUUACCUGGCAUUUCUGGGUUACUUAUGGUUACGCUAUGAUAGCUUUGUCGCACAUCUUCAUUGCACAAUUUACACAAGUUGGUGUUAAAUUUUAUGAUUUCCUCCCAUUUACUGUUCCAAGGGUAGCUAGUGAAGUAGCACGAAUGUUUUUAGCCUUCAUGUUCCACCGAUCUUAUAAAAACAAAUGUCCAAAGCUGCUGACACGAUUCGUCUGCAUCACAUACGUAAACGACUUAACCGGAAAAGCAUUUGAACUUGUUUCCGACUACAAGAGACAAGUGAUUUUGAGCAAACCUGCCGGAAUUUCUGACAAACCUGGGAUGACGUUUCCAAUCCAGAUCUUCAUGUUCAUUUUUUGCUACCGACUUUGGUUUAUUUACAUCAACUAUUUCAAAAGGCGAAACGAAUCCUUGGAAAUUGAUCAUUUUCACCGGAAUUUUGAAAAGUUUGUGGACGAAGAGGAAAUCCGAGUGGUUAAAGUUAAAUGUGAUCAAUACGACGACAACUACCUGGGCGAAGGAUUCUUCGGAAAAGUGUACAAAGCAGAUAUGAUCCUCCCAAAAUCAGAAAUCGUCGCUAUAAAAUUCAUCACAGAUUUCAAAUCAAUGCUAAAAGAUGCCACCGCUCUGCAAAAAGAGCUCCAAGUUUUAACCUUGUUAUCAUCCUCGUCAUCCCAUGAAAACAAAAACCUGGUUGGUUUCCACGGGAUUGCGUGGCAUUACUCCAAUUAUUCGUAUCAAAUCGGAAUCGUGUUGCAAUACUGUGCAAGAGGAACGGUCAAAGGUUACCUGGAUGAUAUAAGAAACGAUUAUAGUUUCCCGGGAAAUGUGACCUCGGAAACUUUGGAAGCUCUGGAAAAAUGGGGUCGUCAAGUCGUGGAUGCCAUGAAGUUUCUGGAAUCGAGAAAUAUAAUCCAUGGCGACCUUUCAGCAAGAAAUGUGCUGCUAGAUGGGCAAGAAAACGCAAAGCUGUCCGAUUUUGGAAUGUCACUGAAAUUAUAUCAGUACGAAGAAUACACUCAUCCAGAGCAAUCUGUUUUCCCAUGGAGAAAUAUGGCAAUAGAAGUCCUCCGAGAUUUAAAAUUCUCUAUUAAAUCAGACGUCUGGUCGUUCGGCGUGCUCCUCUGGGAAUUUUACACCUUCGGGGAAACCCCAUGGGCAGAAGUGGAGUGGAAUGGAAACUUUGUAAAUCUGCUAAUGGAUGGGUAUGCGCUGAAACAGCUAAAGUAUGGAGGCAAAAUUUAUACAGAAGUCAUGCUUCCCUGCUGGAAUAUUGAUGCAGGCCGUCGUCCUUCAUUUACAAAAUUGGAAAAAUUGUUAUGUCAUAGAAGCGAAGAGGAGCGGUACAUAAUUAGCUAACAAAACUUGUAAACAGCCUGUUCUGUGGUUUUAUUUUGUAUGUAUGCAUAUUCUGAAUAAAUUACAUUUUUGUGUAA